CGGUGCCAUGGCGGCGUGGCGGGACCUGCUCUUCUUGCAGCUGGGCUCUGUCUGCCGCGGGGGCCGGGACUGGCGGGGAGGCGGCUGGCGGCACCCGUCCCCCGAUCGCUGCUCGGCGCCGGAGGAGCUACGACGGCGAGCACACCCGCGCCGGUCCCGGCGGGGGGGCCGCGACGCCGCUGCCCAGCUGUCCCCCAAAUCCUGGAUUGAAGAGGUCUUCAGUAAAAGAGAAUGUGCACAGAUCGUUCCCAGUUCAAAAGAUCCUCACAGGUGUCCUGCAGGAUGCCAGGUGUGUCAGAAUUUAAUCAGAUGUUGCUGUGGACGACUGAUUGGAGAUCACCCAGGAGUGGACGGUAACUGGCCUGUUUAUCAGGCUGCCCCACAGAGAGAUAAUGAAGAAUGGUCUGUGCAAAACCACACGAAGAUGAGUCCAACAGAUGCAUUUGGUACAAUCAAUUUUCAAGAUGGAGAUCACACUUACCAUGCUAAGUACAUUAGGCUCUCUUAUGACAGCAAUUUGGAACAGCUGAUGCAUCUGAUGGUUAAGGAAUGGCAGAUGGAGUUGCCAAAGCUAGUAAUCUCUGUUCAUGGAGGCAUUCAAAAUUUCAAGCUUCCCUCAAAGAUCAAGCAGGUUUUUUGCAAAGGAUUGGUGAAGGCUGCUGAGACUACAGGAGCUUGGAUAAUUACAGAAGGCAUCAACAGCGGAGUGUCCAAGCAUGUGGGGGAUGCUUUGAAAGGCCGUGCUUCACCCCAACUGAGAAAGAUCUUUGCUGUUGGAAUUCCUCCAUGGGGUAUCAUUGAGAACCAGAGCGAUCUCAUUGGGAAAGAUGUAGUUUGCCUGUACCAGACGCUUGGUAAUCCACUCAGCAAGCUAAGUACCCUCAACAGCAUGCACUCUCAUUUUUUAAUGGCAGAUGAUGGGACUGUAGGGAAGUAUGGGAAUGAAAUGAUGCUCAGGAGGAAUUUGGAGAAGUACAUAUCACAUCAAAAAAUACACACAAGAAUGGGCCAAGGUGUACCCGUAGUUGGAUUGGUGGUGGAAGGAGGCCCCAGUGUGAUCCUAAUGGUGUGGGAGUACGUGAGGGCCAGCCCAACUGUCCCUGUGGUGGUCUAUGAGGGCACUGGCAGAGCUGCAGACAUCCUGGCUUUUACCCACAAAUACACAGGUGAUACGGGGGAGCUGCGCCCUCAAGUGAAGAAGGAAGUCUUAGUGAUGAUCCAAAACACAUUUAGCUUGGGACAGAAACAAUGCAGUCAUCUAUUUCACAUUUUGAUGGAAUGCAUGGAGCACAGAGACUCUCCCUUACAAAGAAGAAAUAACUACAGACUUCUCUGCCUCACCUCAAAUAGUAUACUUCUGCAAUUCUAACAGAUAACCAUAUUUGAUGCGCUGUCAGAAGAUCAGCAGGACAUUGAUUUGGCAAUUCUGACUGC